AUGGAGAAGGUCAAGAAGCGGUUCCAUAAGAUGGCAGCAAUGCUUUCUUGCCAUGGUGCUCAGUCCAGUGACGUGUAUGCACCUGGUACCCGCGCCAGAGCUAAUAGACGGCGUUAUAUCCAGAACGAUGAGGACAUGGAGGAGGAGGUCCAUGAAGAGGAGCCAUCACAUCAAGAGGAGCCAACACAAGAUGAGGAGCAUGAGUAUGAUGCAACACAUUAA